AUGUUUCAAUUAACAUUAUGUAUUUUAAAACCAGAUGUUGUUCGAUCACCUCGUUUAUUUAAUGAAAUAAUUCAGUUGAUUCUUCAACGUCAAUUUAUUUUCGUUAAGAGUAAACGUUUACAGUUAAGUCGAGAACGAGCUGGUGAAUUUUAUCAAGAACACCAACAAAAAUUUUUCUAUAGUCGACUUGUUCAUUAUAUGAGCUGUGGACCAAUAUCAUGUCAUAUUCUUGGAAGAGAAAAUGCAAUACAAGAAUGGCGUUCAAUACUUGGUCCAACAAAAGUAUUUAAAACAAUAUUUGAAGCACAAGAUACUAUCAGAGGUCAACAUGGUGUAACAGAUACAAGAAAUUGUGGUCAUGGAUCAGAUUCAAUUGCAACAGCUCAACGUGAAAUCGGUUUUUUCUUUCCUGAAUUUGAUAUGAAAUCAAUAUCGAAAUAUGAAAAUCUCGUAGUAAACAACUUGACAUUUAAUCAAGACACACUUGAACAUCAAUUAUAG